UUUUAUCCGCGCCCUCAUGAAGGAUAUUAUUUACUUAAACCAACUUAUCUCACAAGCACAAACGGGAGGGGGGGAAGAGAGAGAGAGAGAUGGGAGAGAGUCAUGAACCUCUCUUUGAAACAAAGCAAGCAAAAGGUAGAUUUGCAUACAAGUUGUUUGCAUGCUCCAUGUUGGUGGGCAUAUGUUUGAUAUGGUUCUAUAGAGCAACUCAUGUUCCGGGGUGGGGAGAGAGAGGGAGAUGGGCAUGGAUAGGGAUAUUUGUAGCCGAGCUUUGGUUCAGCUUCUACUGGAUCAUCAUUCAGUUGAUACGCUGGAGUCCCAUCUAUCACUACACUCACACGGAGAAGCUCUCUCAGCGAGAUGAAACUGGGUUGCCCAAUGUGGACAUAUUCGUGUGCACUGCAGACCCUAUUGCGGAGCCACCAACCUUGGUGAUCUCCACUAUUCUAUCAGCCAUGGCAUACAAUUAUCCUCCUGAGAAGCUAAGUGUCUACCUCUCUGAUGAUGCUGGGUCUAUUAUGACCUUCUAUGCCCUUUGGGAAGCAUCUCGCUUUGCAAAGCAUUGGCUUCCAUUUUGCAAGCAAUAUAAUGUGGAACCACGGUCGCCCGCUGCCUAUUUUUCGAAAUUAUGCAAACCUGGUGAUGCAUGCAACCCGACUGAAUGGUCUUCCAUGAAGAAUCUAUAUGAAGAGAUGGCAAAUCGCAUCGAUUCGGUGGUAAUGCUCGGCAAGAUCCCUGAAGAACUAAAAGCAAAUAAAGGAUUUUCUGAAUGGAGUUGGGGAAUGACUUCACGGAAUCAUCCACCUAUCGUUCAGAUCUUAAUUGAUGGGAGAGACCAUGGUUCAAUAGACAGCAAUGGAAAUGCAUUACCAACUUUGGUGUACAUGGCACGAGAGAAGAGACCUCAGCAUCAUCAUCACUUCAAAGCAGGGGCUAUGAACGCAUUGAUAAGGGUGUCAUCAGAGAUAAGCAACAGCCCGAUCAUCCUCAACAUGGAUUGCGACAUGUACUCGAACAACUCGGAGUCCAUCAGACAAGCAUUGUGCUUCUUCAUGGAUGAAGAGAAGGGUCAUGACAUUGCCUUUGUACAAUAUCCCCAAAGAUUUGAUAAUAUCACCAAGAAUGAUCUCUAUGGCAGUUCCCUCAAUGCGAUCAAUGAGGUAGAGAUCCCUGGCUUGGAUAGUUGGGGAGGGCCUCCAUAUCUUGGCACUGGAUGCUUCCACAGAAGAGGGAUCCUUUAUGGGAGGAAGUAUAGCAAGGACUACAAGGAAGACUGGAAGGCAGGCAUUGAGAGGAAAACGGCAAAAAAUGCUUGCAUACUGGAAGAGAAAGCAAAGUCUCUUAUCACCUGCACCUUUGAGCACAACACCCAAUGGGGACAGGAGAUUGGGCUGAAGUAUGACUGUGCUGCGGAGGAUGUCAUCACAGGCCUAUUAAUUCAUUGUAGGGGGUGGAAGUCCGUCUAUAUCAAUCCUCCAAGAAGAGCCUUUCUAGGUGUUGCUCCCACAACACUAGCGGAAUCUUUGGUGCAGUACAAAAGAUGGAGCGAGGGGAAUUUCCAAAUCAUUCUUUCCAAGUACUGUCCCCUCAUAUUUGGUCGUGGCAAAAUCAAGCUAGGACGUCAGAUGGUUUAUUGCAUUUAUGGCUUGUGGGCUCCAAGCUCACUCCCUACGCUCUAUUACCUUGUGAUCCCUUCCCUUUGCCUCCUAAAUGGCAUCUCCUUGUUCCCGAAGAUCAUGAGCCCAUGGGCCAUUCCCUUCGCCUACAUUGCUAUGGGGAAACAUGUGUAUGAGCUAGUCGAAUCACUGCAAUGUGGCGACACAUUGGCUGGAUGGUGGAACUUGCAAAGGAUGUGGAUAUUGAGGACGACCACCUCGUUCCUUUAUGGCACCAUUGCUACCAUCCUAAAGUUGCUGGGGUUUUCUAAGAUGGGGUUCACAAUCACCGCAAAGGUUUCCGCCGAUGGCAAUGCCUCGAAGAGGUACGAGCAGGAGGUUAUGGAAUUCGGGUCAUCAUCCUCAAUGUUUCUUAUCAUAGCAGUAGCCGCAUUGCUGAAUCUUUUCUGCUUGGUAGGAGGACUCCAUAGGCUGGUGGUAGAUGGACGAAUUAUGGAUCUUGGGCCAUUGUUCAUUCAAAUUCUUCUCUGUGCUCUUGUGGUAGCCAUCCAUUUGCCUAUUUAUGAGGCACUUUUCAUACGAAAGGAUAAGGGCAGUCUACCCCGCUCGGUCACAUUUGUCUCCCUUGGUUUUGCGAUGUUGGCAUAUCUGAUAACUAUAGCAUAAAUCACUAAAGUGCUGAACUACAUUUUUUGGUCUUCGCACGUACGGGUUCAUAAUCCUUUGUAUAUAUAGAAUGUUUUUUUUUCCUUUCGCUUGUGGUUAAAGUUGUGAGGGUAAUGAUAUAAGUUGUCCCUUAGGCCAAGUUCACAGUUUGGACUGUUAAGAAUUUAAAAUUUCUAUCUUGGUGUGCAACAGUUUCAGCCUAUGGGACUAGAGUUUAGAUUUCUACUUAAACUUUGGACAGCCAAGUUGACAAAAUUUAUGAUAAUAUGAGUGUAUAUAGAAUUAUAUA